AUGAUGGAUCGGCGUUUUCUGAUCUUAUACGGCAGUCAGACAGGAACUGCUCAGGAUGUUGCCGAAAGAAUCGGUAGGCAAGCGAGGCGGUAUAGAUUUUGCGUCACUGUAUCGGCUAUGGACGAUUAUCCUGUAGCGGAACUGAUCAAGGAAAAAUGUGUUUUGUUUGUCUGUGCUACGACAGGACAGGGCGAAGAGCCCGACAACAUGAAACGUUUCUGGUCGUUUCUCCUACGGAAAAGCUUGCCCUUGAAUUCGCUGAAGACGAUGAACCAGUCCGUGAUCGGCCUCGGUGAUUCUUCUUACUUGAAGUUCAAUUUCACUGCGAAGCGCCUGCAAAGACGUCUGGCCCAACUGGGUGCCAAUUGCUUGCUCGACCCUUUGUACGCCGAUGAGCAGCAUGAACUGGGCACCGACGGGAUGCUAGAUCCGUGGCUGGGGGAAUUCUGGAAAAUCCUCUUGAACUUGCACCCGCUUCCCGUCGGGUGCUUGCCAAUCAGUGAAGAACUAUUGCCGGCGCCGAAAUACGGAGUCAUCUGCGAGACGGCAUGCGCGGACGGUCCUGGAAUCAUAUACGAGAAGUUAUUUGAAGCCACUGUAAUCUCCAAUCAGCGUGUCACUAGCCUCGACCAUUUUCAGGACGUACGACUUCUUAAGUUAGAUAUUCAAGAUUCUCAAAUCACUUUUGAGCCAGGCGAUGUGGUGGUGGUCUACCCAGAGAACUGCGAAGAGGACAUCGAGGAGUUUUUCAGGCUCUUCAGCUUCAAGGCUGACAUGUACUUAAAGGUCACACCAACAGAAGAAGGCACACCACUUCCAAACUUUUUAUCAGCACAGGUGUCAAUUAGAGAAUGUGCCCAAAAAUAUUUUGACCUUACAUACAUUCCUAAGAGGUCAUUCUUUGAGAUUUUCUGGCACUUUGGUAACAAUGACCUUGAGAAGGAGCGCCUUCGCGAGUUCAGCACUACUGCUGGCCAGGAGGACCUUGUGGAUUAUGCCAUCCGGCCACGACGGACUGUGCUGGAAGUGUUUGCUGACUUCCCCCACACUACAGCCAAUGUGCCACUAGCGUACCUUUUUGAUUUGAUUCCACCCAUACGUCCACGUUCAUUUUCUAUUGCAAACUCACUGUUCUGCCAUCCAGGACAGAUACACAUCUUGGCAGCCAUUGUAAACUUCUGCACCAAGCUCAAGAAACCUCGCAGGGGCCUUUGCACUAGAUUUUUGGCCAGCCUUGAUCCUUCCAAAGGGACAAGAGUGGCCAUCACCACAAAGAAAGGCAGCCUUCGAAUGCCCCCUGAUGGUGUUCCUGCCAUUAUGGUGGGACCAGGGACAGGGUGUGCCCCUUUCAGUGGCAUGAUCCAGGAUCGUGCUCAAAGGGGCAUUGCUAGGAACCUCCUCUUUUUCGGCGCCCGCAAUGCUAAAGGAGAUUUCUUCUUUGAGAAGGAAUGGACCAAGCUUGUGGCCAUGGGACUACUUGACCUGGUGACUGCAUUCUCAAGAGACCAGGACCACAAAAUAUAUGUCCAGCACCGAAUCAAAGAGCAUGAAGGCAAGAUUUGGAAGCUGCUGUGCGAUGGUGGAGUCGUGUACAUUGCCGGUAAUGCAAAGGACAUGGUACCUAGUGUGCGGGAUGCCCUCAAGACUGUUGUCAAGUCUGGUUCUCUUACAGAAGAAAAUGCUGAGGAGCUUCUAAAAAACCUUGAAAAAUCUAAAAGACUACAAAUAGAAGCCUGGUCUUAGCAUAUCUGUUAUUUAGUGCUUUUAGAUAUAGGUGUGGCAAGAGACCACAACAAAUGUUCCAGAGUUGUUCAAAUGAAACAUGGACUUUUA